CUCCUUAGAAAAGUAUCUCACGCAAGCCGAAGUGUCAGCAUAGACACCGAACAGCAGGUCCCGACGUGCCCGUGAACCCAUCAACUCCAGUAGUGCCAAGGAUCACUUUGGGCGUAGGAACACAUAGUUGAAAUUGCAAAGUUGAGACUUGAAGGUUUGAAUAUCUAUUCCGUUUAGUUUUGAUCAUUUUUGGAGCGACAAGUGCCACUUGGAAAGCAGGCGAGGGUCUGGAGUAGCAGCAACGCUUAACAGUCCCAAAUCGGUCUUCACUCUCCUGUCUGCUCGCUUUGUUUGCAAUGGCAACGACAACCUGUACUAGAUUUACCGACGAAUACCAGCUUUACGAGGAGCUGGGAAAAGGGGCCUUUUCUGUGGUGAGAAGAUGCAUGAAGAUCUCCACUGGACAGGAAUACGCGGCCAAGAUCAUCAAUACUAAGAAGCUGUCUGCCAGGGAUCACCAGAAGUUGGAGAGAGAGGCCAGGAUUUGUCGUCUGCUCAAGCACCCCAAUAUUGUGAGGCUCCAUGAAAGCAUAUCGGAGGAAGGAUUCCACUACCUGGUUUUUGAUCUGGUGACUGGAGGAGAGCUGUUUGAGGACAUUGUGGCCAGAGAGUACUACAGCGAGGCUGAUGCCAGUCAUUGCAUUCAGCAGAUCCUAGAGGCCGUGCUCCACUGCCACCAGAUGGGCGUGGUCCACCGGGACCUGAAGCCUGAGAAUUUGCUCCUAGCCAGUAAACUGAAGGGUGCGGCAGUGAAGUUGGCUGAUUUCGGAUUGGCCAUCGAGGUGCAAGGAGAACAACAAGCAUGGUUUGGCUUCGCGGGGACCCCUGGCUACCUGUCUCCUGAGGUGCUGAGGAAGGACCCGUAUGGGAAACCAGUGGACAUGUGGGCCUGUGGGGUGAUCCUCUACAUCCUCCUGGUGGGCUACCCUCCCUUCUGGGACGAGGACCAGCACAGGCUGUAUCAACAGAUCAAGGCUGGGGCCUACGACUUUCCAUCUCCUGAGUGGGACACGGUGACCCCGGAGGCCAAGGACCUGAUCAACAAGAUGCUGACCAUCAACCCUGUCAAGAGGGUGACCGCCACCGACGCCCUCAAACACCCCUGGAUCUGUCAACGCUCCACCGUGGCCUCCAUGAUGCAUAGGCAGGAGACCGUCGAAUGCCUGAAGAAGUUCAACGCCAGGAGGAAACUCAAGGGUGCUAUUCUGACCACCAUGCUGGCUACGCGCAACUUCUCAGCAGCCAAAAGCCUGCUCAACAAGAAAACUGAUGGUGUAAAGAAAAGGAAAUACGACGAUCUGCCGAUGUUACUGAUCAACAACAAGGCCAAUGUGGUCACCAGCCCCAAAGAGCCCACUCCUGCUCUGGAGCCUCAGACCACUGUUAUCCACAACCCCGCCGACGGCAACAAGGAAUCCAGCGAGAGCGCCAACACCACCAUUGAGGAUGAGGAUGUUAAAGCUCGCAAGCAGGAGAUCAUCAAAGUGACUGAGCAGCUGAUUGAAGCCAUCAACAAUGGAGAUUUUGAAGCAUACACGAAGAUCUGCGACCCUGGACUUACGUCCUUCGAACCAGAGGCCCUGGGGAAUCUGGUGGAGGGAACUGACUUCCACCGCUUCUACUUCGAGAAUUCUCUGUCCAGGGUGAAGCUGCAGCCCAUCCACACCAUCCUGCUGAACCCCCACGUCCACAUCAUCGGCGACGAUGCGGCGUGCAUCGCCUACAUCCGGCUGACCCAGUACCUGGACGGCAGCGGCGCUCCCCGCACCAUGCAGUCUGAGGAGACCCGUAUCUGGCACCGCCGCGACGGCAAGUGGCAGAAUAUCCACUUCCACCGCUCCGGGUCACCCACCGUGCCCGCCAAGUAGAGAGGUGAGUCCCUCCGACCCACCCUCCACUCUCAGCCUACAUUGGUCCGUUGACCAUGGAGAUCCCGCCUACCAGGUGUCUGUCAUGUCUCUCACCCAAUCCCCAUCUAGCAUUGCUACCACUCUGCCCUCUCAGAGUGUUGUUUACAUAUCGUCGCUGCUGGACUGAAGAUUCUUGUAAACAUACAGAAAAAACACCAUGAAAUCUCAUAUAAUUUUACUAUUAUUUUUUUUAAUUUAUCACAUUCAUUCUUCCCAGUCUUAUCUGGGAGAUGGAAUUGAAGCAUGUUUUCUUCUAUGGUUUUCUGGUUUUAGACAGUCUUAAGUUUAAAAUCCAUAGAGAGACUGUAUACAUCCAUGCCAGAGAUAUGGAAAUGUUUUUUUGUAGAGAAGAUGAGUUUCAAUCUUUUGUGUAUGUACCUGGCUCUGUUUCAGCCUGAACUGACAACUGUCUCAUAUUCUGAAUCCAACACAUCAACCAUAUCACCAGUUCUGUUCUGUAAUAUCUGUUGCCUUUUAGGUGGACUUAUGUCAAAACAUAGGUGAACAGUAGCUUGCUUUUUGGUGACGUAUAGGCUUUGUGAUUUGCUAUAUCCUUGCUUAAAGUUUGGAGUAUUAACUGGUGAAAGAUUACCUUAGUUUACAGUCUGACAGUUUGGUUUUGUUGCUGUUGAUUAGGUAAUUAUUAAGUAUGAUUAAUAGGAAUUUCAAUUGACAUUUUUACAGUGAGGACACCUAAGAUCUAUGUUUUGCUGUGCGCGUUACAUCACAUGAAAAGAGAGAUUUGAGUCGUCGAAUGUUAACUAUACAUAUACUGAAUACAUUGCUACACAUGGCCAUUGUAUGACACAUUUUAAAGUCAAUCAUAUUUUCACAAGGAUAUAUUAAGUGAAUUUUAUCAGUUAUAUAUUUUUUUUUGUUUACGUUUUAUAUUGUGAUAUUGAUAAUGUAGGUUGUUCUUUCAGAUUUCCUAUCAUUGAACAAUUUUGAAGCUUAACCCUGUGCAACAAUAUUGUAUAGUGCAUGACCCUAUUUGUUUAGUCUCCCCCCCCCCCUCCCAGUCUUGAAACAUCUGAUUUCCUCAAUGUAUGUACCCACAAAACUUAAUAUGCUGUGUUUGUGUCUUGGAGGAAACCUUUUCUAAAUCAUUCCUAUUAUCUACAAAACCAGAAUUAGUUACCUAUGCUCCACAGUUUAAACUACAAAUUGAUGUUUACAAAAUAAUUUGGAAGUCAUUUGGCAUUUGGAGUUGCUUUGUUUCAGUAAGCUAAAUAUUUGUAUUGAUAGGUGCGAGUUAGGAUUGUUAGUUUUUGUUAAUUACAUUCAUAAACUUUUUUUUAAUUUAGUUGGUGGCAUUGCAAAACCGGUAAGCAUAAAUCUGACAGAGUAACACAGUGGUGUUUUAUUUUUUGUUUCAUUGUGAUAAGAGCCAUGACCACACCCUUGAGUUCUUCGUUAUGGGAUAGUGGGGGUAGUGAGACAACACGAUUGUUCUUUGAUUUCCUUCUUACUUUACACCACACUGUUUUAUAAGUUGUCAAAAAUGCACUGUUGGACAAAGUGUAUACUGUUGCCAUGGUGGGAGAGGACUGAUACAUGUUUAAGAAACGUCAAAUAAAGAUGUGACUUCUGCCAAA